AUGAGAGAGAAACGACUAAGUCUGUCUACGCUUCCGCGGCGCAAGAAAGCGAGGGACCAGAGCACCGAUGCCAAACAUGCUCUCUCCCCCCAAGUAAUCCGGCACCCCUUACCAGCCUUCAAAGACGAGCCGACCUCCCCAGACUACAAGUACAACCAAAUUGCUCGUAACAUGGGCCUGAAGCAAUGGCCAGUCAAGAUCUUUCGGCGCUUUUCCCUCCGUGGGCAGGCCGACCCUACCUAUAUGGCAGCUGAAAUGGUCUGGCCCAUGAUAGUCCGGUCCCGAGAACAAUGGAUUCGACAUCCAGAGCGACAGAAAGUCGCAACGACCAUUAGGACUCUUGCUCCCGAGGGAGGAUGGCAAGUGAACAAUGCAUUCUUCCUAGGUCUAGCUUUGAACGCCUUUGUGCCUGUGGAGGAUCGUUUCAACGACAAGGACGGAAGCGCUCCUCAUCAGAUCCGACAGUUUGUUUGGUUCAUCGAUACAGUGUCGCUAAUCGCCCAAGCCAGCUGCAAGCAGAUACCCUCCUAUGUCCAGGAAAACCGGACAUGGACUUCGCUCAAGCGUGACGUGCUCUGUGCAUACGGGGUAGGGUUGACACACCCACCCGUGGCCGAGGAGCUCGCGGGUCUUGGCAGCUUUUGUUUCUUGCCGCAUCUGCCCAUGUGGGUCCGUCAUGGCCUGCUAGCACGCUGUCCGACACUACAGCCGAGCAUCAUCUGGAUCGAUGCUCCUUAUAAAGAAGCAAAGGACGCCAAACCAGCUGUGCGCGGGUCUGCUCUCGACACCUUGUUCGAGAGUCUCACGCGCAAUGUCGCAGGCUGUGAAUUGGACAUAAACGCUCUGAAGAACUCAUCUCAGUCUCACAAUGCUCCUUUAGCUAUCCAGUGGGCGACAAGACCUACAGCGGAGCGAGUACGACUGGAGAGGCUUGAGCGCGAGCACUGGAUCGAUCAGGAGAGGCUUCGACAUCUUCGUGAUUAUCAAGCCACGCACAUCGAGAUUGAAGUCGCCAAAUACUGGUCCUUGAUUGUGAGGGAUCCGCAGAAGCCUCUCACGACGCUCGAACGCAGCGUCUGCUGGUUUUGUGAGCAUGAAACAUACAUGGAGUGGCCACGACGCAGUGGGCAGAAAUUCAAGGCGGGUAGAUAG